AUGGCUUCUGAAAAUAAAAACAAAAGAUCAUCAAUUGAUCAGCACGAUGAUAAAGAAAUGCGCAAACAAAAACAAGCUUUAACUCGAAAACUUGAUUUACAUAUUUUACCACUUCUCUCUAUUAUAUAUUUAAAUUCAUAUAUGAUUCGAUCAAAUAUUGCUAAUGCUAAAUUAGUUAAUCUUGAAGAUGAUCUUCAAUUAACUUCUGAUGAAUAUCAAUGGGCAUUAUCUAUUUUCUUUUUUGGAUAUGUUCUCUUCGAAGUUCCAUCAAAUAUUGUUCUUCGACGAUGGCAACCAUCAAGAUGGUUAUCUAUAAUUCAUAUAUUUCUCGGUAUUGCUGCAAUAUGUAUGGGCGCUGUUAAAAAUGCUGCCGGUCUUCUUGUAUGUCGGUUUUUUUUGGGUAUAUUUGAAGCUGGUUUAUUUCCUGGAAUUAUUUAUUUUAUAUCACUUUGGUAUUCAAAAAAGCAACAAGCUAUUCGAAUUGGUUUAUUUUGGUCAUUUUCAGCACUUUCAGGUGCAUUUUCAGGUGUUCUUGCGUAUGGUAUUAGUCGAAUAAGUUCAGCAAAAUUAGCUCAAUGGCGAUUAAUUUUUAUUCUUGAAGGAGCUCCGACCUUUAUUUUAGCUUUGUGUUGUUGGUUUUUAUUACCUAAUUCACCAGAAAAAGCAAAAUUUUUAAAUGAUCAAGAACGUCAACUUGAAAUUGAUCGUCUUGCUAAAGAUGCUGGUCCAAUAAAAAAAGAUAAAUUUUCAUGGUCUCAAGUUUUAUCUGUAUUUAUUGAUUGGAAGACUUAUAUUUAUGCUAUCAUUUAUAUUACUGGAACAAUUGCUACACAAGGUAUAACUCUUUCUUUACCAACGAUUAUUAAUAAUUUAGGAGAAUGGACACCUUUUCAAGCACAAUUAUUGACUAUUCCACCAUAUAUGGCAGCAUUUUUUGCUAUUCUCAUUGUUUCUUAUAGUUCCGAUCAUUUCAUGGAACGUUCUCUCCAUUGUUCUAUUUCAAAUCUCUGGUCGAUAUGUGGUUUUCUAAUACUUAUGUUAAUCGAUCAAAAAAGAGUCGGUGUACUUUAUGUAGGUAUUAUUUUUGCUGCAAUCGGUACUUAUGCCAAUGUUAGUCUUAAAAUUGCUUGGUUCAAUAAUAAUUUUGCUUCACUCACUCGACGUGCUAUUGCAGUUGCAGUGAUCGUUUCGAUUGGUACGAGUGGUGGAGCUAUAGCAGGCCAAAUAUAUCAAGCUAAACAAAAGCCACGAUAUUUUAUUGGCCAUACAAUUUCAUUUUGUUGUGUUGUAUUACAAACAACAUUGAUAAUUAUACUUCGAUUUAUAUUAAUGAUAAUUAAUCAUCGACGAAAACGAAUGAAUGAUGAACAAAUUAAACAACAAGUGGAAAAAUAUGGAGGAGAAGAAUUUGUUGGUGAUCAUCAUCCUAAGUUUCGAUAUACUUUGUAA